GAAGGCGGGAUACAUCCGGGACGAGUCCAAUUUCUCUUGACGAAUAGAACAUUAAAUGACUGGCCAAUGGCCGUACGAUAUAUUACUCUUGAAAUGUGCCUUUCUUUUUAUUGCUUUUGUACUGUUUUGUUUGGAAAGAAGGGAGUAUUCAUGCCCUUUUUCUUCAUUAUUGUACCUUUCCCAAUUUGUUGCCCGUCGUUUGUGAGCUCUUUUUAGACUGCCAUGUUAGGACCAGCGCGGCGGUGCUGACGCAGCGAUGACGUCAUGACGUCAACUCUGCGUGCCCUCCCUGCUUGCAAGUUCGCAGUCAUUUCGCCGCACAGUGUCAGUUGGUCCUCCUCUCCUCCCAGCAUCACUGCGGCUAUGGCGGAACCCUCAGCACCGGAUUCGACGGUAACCUCCCCGGUCAAUGUCCCGGCCCUGUCUCCCGCGCUCAGUCCGGGCUCGGAGCCCGCAUCCAUGGCCCUGUCCCCGGCCACGGACGGCUCCCAGCGGCUGCUCUUCUCCCACGACUUGGUCUCCGGCAGGUACCGAGGCUCCGUCCGCUUCGGCCUGGUGCGGAUGAUCCACGGCGAGGAGGACUUUACCUCGGACUCGGACCUUGACGACGGCGGAGGGAGAGGCGGAGGCGGAGGCGGACGUGUCCCGGUAGGCUCGGACACAGACAGCGCAGUGGGCAGUCGGCCUCUGGGUCGUGGCGUGGUCCGUGUCCAGUGGUACCCUGAUGGCGGCACUCAAGACAUGAAGGAAACAAAGCUGAAACUUGAAGACCGAUCCAUCGUGAUUCGAGAUAUUGUUCGGCGGAAUAAUUGGAACGACAACCAGUGUGGCAUCGUGACCGACACUGACAUCCAGUGUGCCGUGAAGCUGGUGGGGACAAACUGUGUCUUGUAUCCUGUCAAUAGCAAAGAGCUGCAGCACAUCUGGUCCUUCAUGUACGGCGACUACAUAGCCUACGACUUCUGGCUGGGGAAAGUGUACGACCUGACCAAUCACAUCAUCCUCAAGCUCUCCAAUGGAGCCAGGUGUUCCAUGAGCGUGGAGGAUGGCGCCAUGCUGUACGACGUCAGUCCUCAUAUCAGCGAUUCGGGUCUAUUCUUUGAUGAGGCGUACGGCUUCUACCCGGGCCAGGUCUUGAUAGGUCCUGCUAAAUUAUUCUCUAAUGUCCAGUGGCUGUCUGGUGUCAAACCUGUCCUUAGCAGGAAGUGCAAGUUCAGGGCGGUGGUGGAAGAGGUAAAGGUGGAGGAGCUGAAGGUGACGUGGAUCACUAAAAGCUACUCCCCAAAAGGCUCUGACAGCAUCUAUCCUCCCCCUGGCACCAUCACCCAGGAGAAUCUUUGCAGGGUAAGGCGCCUUGGCUACUACGACCACACCCAGAGGCAGCUUGGAGAGAGGGCACUUUACGUCUUCCCUGCCAAGGGGGACGCCACACGCAUCUCAUUUGAAGGGCCUGAAGGGGCCCAUGUCCUCUCGGAGGAUCCCGUGGUCAGAAAGUUGAAAAGAAUUUUAAAGAAGGAUUCCGGGAAGAAGACGGAGAAUAUUGAUGCACAAGGCGAGCACAAAUCGGAACAAACGGACUCCUGCCAUCACAACAGUAAUGGCCCUGUUGAACCCAACCUGACUGCCCCUGAACCCCAAAACACACAUGACGCCCCUGCAGAACUCUGGGAGCAGGACGCAGAUGACGAAGCAGCAGAAGACACUGAUGAUACCAGCUCUCUGACGUCGUCGGCCAGCUCCACAGCCUCCUCUCAAAGCGGAGGCCUGGGAAGCAACCGCAAAAAGAGCAUCCCGCUGUCAAUCCGCAACCUGAAGAGGAAGCACAAGAAGAAGAGGACCAAGUUCUCCCGCGAGUUCAAACCUGGAGACUGUGUGGCUGUGGAAGUGGUAUCUACCAAGACAACAGCUGAUGUGAUGUGGAAGGACGGGCAGGUGGAGAAGGGGAUCAGAUCCAACGACCUCAUCCCCAUCCAGCACCUUGACAGCCACGAGUUUUGUCCUGGUGACUUUGUUGUGGACAAACGACCCCAAGCCCUCCAGGACCCAGGGGUGUACGGCGUGAUCCAGUCUGGCGACCACAGGGGUAGAACGUGCAUCGUCAAGUGGAUUAAACUCAAUGCCACCAGUGAUGAUGUGGAGGUAAUUGGUGUGGAGGAAGACGUCAGCGUGUACGACAUAGCAGAUCACCCUGACUUCCAUUUCCGCACCACUGACAUUGUCAUUAGAAUAUGGAACUCUGAAGACGGAGAGAACGACUGUGGAAAUGAGACAUCAGUUGGCCAAGUGUCCAGGGUGGACGUCAACAGCAAAGUGGAAGUAGUGUGGGCAGACAACUCCAUGACCAUCGUCCUCCCACAGCAUCUCUAUGGCGUAGAGUCCGAGAUAGAGGAGACGGACUACGACUCUGUGGAGGAGACCAGCAGCGGCUUGUCCACCGAGGAGUGGGAGGAUGAGAGCGACAGCUGGGAGACGGACAACGGCCUCACCACGGAAGACGACAGCCACGUCAACAAUAUGGACGUCACGGAGACGGCCACCCCCGUCCCCCUCGACUCCUCGGUGUUCAUCAUACCUCCUCAAGAGGGCAGCAAAGUCAGCAGUCCCACCAAAGCAGUGGAGGACCAAGUAGCUGUGGCUAGUGCUACUUCUGGAGGAGGAAGUACUCCAGCAGGAGGCGUCAAUGGAGCUGAGAAGAGCAGCAAGGACUGUGCUUCUCGGGGCUUCAGGGAGUUAAAGGAGGCCCUGAAGAUCCUGGAGAGCCUGAAGAACAUGACCGUGGAGCAACUCUGGACCGGCGUCUCUCCCACGUCCCCUACCUCAAUCGAACCGGCUUUGGCGGCCAAGGCGGCGAGUUCGGCGCCGCCCUCGGCCCCCAAGAAGCCCACCAAGGAGCGCUUCCUGGACGACAUCAAGAAGCUCCAGGAGAACCUGAGAAAGACGCUGGAUAACGUGGCCAUCGUGGAGGAGGAGAAGAUGGAGGCCGUGGUGGAAGCAGGUGGGGGUGCAGGCGCAGGGCCGGAGGCGGAGCAAGGCGGCGAGGAGAAGCCCCGCCCUGAGCCUCAGACGCCGGUGGGUGGACAAGAGUGGCCCACUGAGUCUCUGAGUGACACACCUGUACUGUGCCAACAGAGUGGCGGCAAACCUGGCGUCACCUUUACCAGUGCCAAAGGGGAAGUGUUCUCUGUGCUGGAGUGGGCACCAGACACGCAUUCCUUUCACAAAAUGGAAUUUCAGCCAGCCGAGGCUAAGAAGUUCUUCAGUACUGUCAGGAAGGAAAUGGCUCUGCUGGCGACGUCGCUGCCUGACGGCAUCAUGGUCAAGACCUUCGAGGACCGCAUGGACCUGCUGUCAGCGUUGGUGAAAGGGCCGACUCGGACGCCGUACGAGGACGGCUUGUUCCUCUUCGACAUCCAGCUGCCCAACAUUUACCCGGCCGUGCCGCCUCUCUUCCGCUACCUGUCUCAGUGCAGCGGCCGCCUCAAUCCCAACCUCUACGACAACGGCAAGGUGUGCGUGAGUCUGCUGGGCACCUGGAUCGGCAAGGGCAAUGAAAGAUGGACCAGCAAGUCCAGUUUGCUCCAAGUCCUCAUCUCCAUACAAGGUCUGAUCCUGGUCAACGAGCCCUACUACAACGAGGCUGGCUUCGACAGCGACCGCGGCCUCCAGGAAGGCUACGAGAACAGCCGGUGCUACAACGAGAUGGCCCUGAUCAAAAUGGUCCAGUCCAUGACGCUGCUCCUGCAGCACCCGGUGGAGGUCUUCCAACAGGAGGUCCAGGAACAUUUUCUUUCCAACGGAUGGCGACUGGUCCACCGUCUGGAGGCGUGGCUGGAGCUGCACGAGGCCGCCGAGAGGAGUCACGCCGCGUCCUCCAGGGGUCACCAUGCUAAGGCAGAGCAGCUUCCUGUGGCCCACGGCAGCCCCAGGAAGGCUGGGGUCGGGGCGAGUAUCCUGGAGGAGGAGCUGGAGGAUUCAGGACUGAGCCCCUCCACCUCUCAGCAGGAGGCCAGCCACACCUCAGACAAGUCUAUAAGCGGGGACAACAAGGGCCACGCUGGCCAAUCUGUUUCCGCCGCCGCCGCCGGGGAUGCGGGGCCGGUGGUGCGACCGAAGAAACGGAGAAAGAGCUACCGCAGUUUCCUCCCGGAGGGCAGCGGCUACCCGGACAUCGGCUUCCCGCUCUUCCCGCUCUCUAAAGGCUUUGUGAAGAGCGUCCGCGGCGUGCUGCUGCAGUAUCGAGCUGCGCUGGUGGCCGCCGCCAUCCCCGAUUGCACUGAGGACAACACCUUUCCUCAGGAGCGCCACCUGAUCUCCUGUCUUUGUUCUCCUCCAGUGCCGCGCAUAGAGAAAAGGACCUAGUCCGCACUGGAGAAGGCCUCACCUGCAGCACACACAGGUAACCACACAGGUGUUCUCCUGACGGAGCAGAAAACAAACCGUGCCAUGAGUCCUGAUCCACCUCAUGAGGAGGCCAUGUUUUUAAAGCCGCUGCCACUUUGUAGCACUACUGACACCAUCCUGCACUUACCCUUUUUUCUAUGCUUUCUGCCAAAUCCCACACUCCAAAUGUACUGAAUGUUAUCAAACUGCCAACUGCUCCUCCAUUGCUUACACGCUGAAGCACGCAGCAAACACUGUGCCAACUGCACUUGCUUUGGACUUCAUUCACAAUCCUUAUGUGCGACCACAACACAUCUUUGUUACACUUCUGACUCACAAAGAAACACAAGCAAAAGUCGGCUAACAAUGGAGGUCAUGGCAGUCGCUCUAUUCUGCUGUAAAACUACAUAGACACUAAGUAUAUGUGUCAUGUACUGACAGGCACAUUCAUAAUAACAUUUACCUAUUUUGCUCAUUUGGCGUAUUCAUUUCAGACGCGUCACAUUUUCUUUUCGCUUCGUCAACAAACAAUGAGCGUCAUGUAGCGGUAUUGCUAAGUGCUAAACAAGAAAUACAAACCAAAUAAAAACGGUCACUUACUGUACAAUGUCUGCUCGCACUGAUGGGAUGUUUAUAUCUUCCCGUUUAGAUGAAGAAUUAAUCAUAAAUUAUCAUUAAAAAAAAUAAAAAUAAAAAUCUAGAAUUACCGUAUUUUUCGGAGUAUAAGUCGCACCUGCCGAAAAUGCACAAUAAAGAAGGAAAAAAACAUAUAAGUCACACUGGAGUAUAAGUCGCAUUGUUUGGGGAAAUGUAUUUGAUAAAAGCCAACACCAAGAAUAGACAUUUGAAAGGCAAUUUAAAAUGUCUAAAGAAUAGUGAACAACAGGCUGAAUAAGUGUACGUUAUAUGAGGCAUAAAUAACCAACUGCUAUGUUAACGUAACAUAUUAUGGUAAGAGUCAUUCAAAUAACUAUAACAUAUAGAACAUGCUAUACGUUUACCAAACAAUCUGUCACUCCUAAUCGCUAAAUCCCAUGAAAUCUUAUACGUCUAGUCUCUUACGUCAAUGAGAUCAAUAAUAUUAUUUCAUAUUUUACGCUAAUGUGUUCAUCAUUUCACACAUAAGUCGCUCCUGAGUAUAAGUCGCACCCCCGGCCAAACUAUGAAAAAAAACUGCGACUUAUAGUGCGAAAAAUACGGUACCUAUUUUGCUCAUUUGGCGUAUUCAUUUCAGACGCGUCACAUUUUCUUGUCCCUUCGACAACAAACACUGAGCGUCAUGUAGCGGUAUUGCUAAGUGCUAAACAAGAAAUACAAACAAAAUAAAACAGUCACUUACUGUACAAUGUCUGCUCGCACUGAUGGGAUGUUUAUAUCUUCCCGUUUAGAUGAAGAAUUAAUCAUAAAUUAUCAUUAAAAAAAAUAAGUGCCGGAAAGUCAAACUUGACCAGCUUCCUGCUUUAUGGCCACAACCUUCUUCUACACGAGUAAAAGGCAUGUUUUAUAAUCUAGAAUUACCGUAUUUUUCGGAGUAUAAGUCACACCUGCCGAAAAUGCAUAAUAAAGAAGGAAAAAAACAUAUAUAAGUCACAUUUUUUGGGGAAAUGUAUUUGAUAAAAGCCAACAGCAAGAAUAGACAUUUGACAGGCAAUUUAAAAUGUGUAAAGAAUAGUGAACAACAGGCUGAAUAAGUGUACGUUAUAUGAGGCAUAAAUAACCAACUGGUAUGUUAACGUAACAUAUUAUGGUAAGAGUCAUUCAAAUAACUAUAACAUAUAGAACAUGCUAUACGUUUACCAAACAAUCUGUCACUCCUAAUCGCUAAAUCCCAUGAAAUCUUAUACGUCUAGUCUCUUACGUGAAUGACAUCAAUAAUAUUAUUUGAUAUUUUACGCUAAUGUGUUCAUCAUUUCACACAUAAGUCGCUCCUGAGUAUAAGUCGCACUCCCGGCCAAACUAUGAAAAAAACUGCGACUUAUAGUGCGAAAAAUACGGUACCUAUUUUGCUCAUUUGGCGUAUUCAUUUCAGACGCGUCACAUUUUAUUUUCCUUUCGUCAACAAACACUGAGCGUCAUGUAGCGGUAUUGCGAAGUGCUAAACAAGAAAUACAAACAAAAUAAAACAGUCACUUACUGUACAAUGUCUGCUCGCACUGAUGGGAUGUUUAUAUCUUCCCGUUUAGAUGAAGAAUUAAUCAUAAAUUAUCAUUAAAAAAAAAAAAAAAAAAUCUAGAAUUACCGUAUUUUUCGGAGUAUAAGUCGCACCUGCCAAAAAUGCACAAUAAAGAAGGAAAAAACAUAUAUAAGUCGCACUGGAGUAUAAGUCGCAUUUUUGGGGGAAAUGUAUUUGAUAAAAGCCAACAGCAAGAAUAGACAUUUGAAAGGCAAUUUAAGAUAAAUAAAGAAUAGUGAACAACAGGCUGAAUAAGUGUACGUUAUAUGAGGCAUAAAUAACCAACUGCUAUGUUAACCUCACAUAUUAUGGUAAGAGUCAUUCAAAUAACUAUAACAUAUAGAACAUGCUAUACGUUUACCAAACAAUCUGUCACUCCUAAUCGCUAAAUCCCAUAAAAUCUUAUACGUCUAGUCUCUUACGUCAAUGACAUCAAUAAUAUUAUUUGAUAUUUUACGCUAAUGUGUUCAUCAUUUCACACAUAAGUCGCUCCUGAGUAUAAGUCGCACCCCCGGCCAAACUAUGAAAAAAAACUGCCACUUAUAGUCCGAAAAAUACGGUACCUAUUUUGCUCAUUUGGCGUAUUCAUUGCAGACGCGUCACAUUUUCUUGUCCCUUCGUCAACAAACACUGAGCGUCAUGUAGCGGUAUUGCUAAGUGCUAAACAAGAAAUACAAACAAAAUAAAACAGUCACUUACUGUACAAUGUCUGCUCGCACUGACGGGAUGUUUAUAUCUUCCCGUUUAGAUGAAGAAUUAAUCAUAAAUUAUCAUUUAAAAAAAAUAUGUGCCGGAAAGUCAAACUUGACCAACUUCCUGCUUUAUGGCCACAACCUUCUUCUACACGAGUAAAAUGUUUUAUAAUCUAGAAUUACCUUUCACCAACUCCGAGGCAAUGCAGCAGCUCGCCGGCUCACUAAAGCAGCAUAAGCUAGUUAGCUCUCUGUGAUCACAGCUUAUAAAACAAACAGUGCUAAUACUUGGCUACUAUGACAUGUAAAUGAGUAUUGUUGGCGCUUUUUGGAUGUUUUUUAGAGGGCUUGAGAGUACUCCCGUUAGCUGCAUUGUUAGCCCCCUCGUACUUGCAUAAAAAAGAAAAAUGCGUUCCUGUCCUACAUAGGGAUUGAGAAUUCUCAGCACAAUUCCAAAAAAAAGUGCAGUUCCCCUCCAACGUUCACUUUUUAUAUAAUGGCCGCUCCAUCACUGCAAUGACCUUAAAUAAGACAACCUACCACUCCAUUGUCUCAUUGAUAUGUUGCCUUACUUGGGGGGGAAAUAUCUUGUACAGAAAAGACAAAAAAAAGUCCUCCACCUUGUUGCCAGUGUAGAGUUUUGUAUGCAUCCCCCUGCAAAGUGCAUGAAACUACACGCUGUCGCUCGGUCCUGCCCCACCCGUCACCCGAGUGGCGGACAAAAGGAGAAGUUACAGUCCUAAGUGAUGCUGUAAUUUACUGUGAACCACAAAAGUGAGACUUGUGCUUCCUCGGGAGUCUUUUGUUUACAUCGCUUUUCUUUUUAAACAACAACAAAAUGACAAUAAAGAUAUAUUCUAUUCUAUUCUAUUCAACAAACUGCAUUCCAUCUCGCUUGGUUUUGCUGACGUAAAAAAUGCCGUGUAUGAGCUCGUUAGACUUGAGGUCUUCCACACACACACACACACACACACACACACACACACACACACACACACACACACACACACACGCACACGCACACGCACGUACACACACACACACACACACACACACACACACACACACACACACACACACACACACACACACACACACACACACACGCACGUACACACACACACACACACACACACACACACACACACACACACACACACACACACACACACACACACACACACACACACACGUACACACACACACCUCUUUAGCCAGAUGCAGCCAUCAGGCCGCUGGGGUCGUGACUCACUAUUUUGCUGCAGAGGAAUGAAAGAAAGAACAUGUUGCAAAGUUCUGUGUGAUGACCUGCAUACAGCCAAAGCAUGUGACAUGUUGCUUGAAUUCAUUUGAAGACUUGCCUGUCCACAUCUCCACAGUGGCCUGGUACACACACGUGUAUAUAAAUAUAUACAAAGAAAGUAUGAUGACCCAGUGCCCAUGUCAGGGAUGUAUUGAAAUGCAUACAGUAGAUGAUUAUAUUCGAAGAUGUGUACAAAAUACCACUGAUGUCAUUUUGUUCUUUUUUUUUUUAAUUGCUUUUUUUGUGUUGAAAGAGUUGUAUAAAAUUAUUAAACGUAUUAAACUUUGCAAGCAGUACCAUA